ACCUGAGACGAGAGGUCAGAGGUGGGCCCGGUGCUCCCUGCUCCUGUGGCCCCGGCGGCGAGGUGGUGGGGAUGGGGCGGAUGGGGGGGCGGCAGCGCCCACCCCAACGUCGGCUUGGCCCUCAUUGGCCAGGCCUUUCUGCUGGUCUUCUCCCAGGACCCGCUGGGCUAGCCAAGGGCUCACCCCUGGGGCUCCGUCUCUUCGGCUUGGCUGCUGCCCUUGAGAGAGCACGUGCAGAUCGGUGGCCGCAGAGCAGGUGCCCCAGGGAGGCCCAGUGGGCUAGGCCUCAUCUGGGGCUUUUGCUGCCCCAGCCUCUUCUCACCUCUGGGCUCUUGCCUUCAUCCCACAAACACCGGACGAGACUGCUUUGGUCUUCGAGGACUCGGCGCUGCACCUCCCACACUGGGGCUACACCCUAACGCUCCUGCUCAGCUCCCUCAUGUUUCUGCUCAGUCUCCUCGUCCUGGGGGCCCACCAGCAAAAGCGCCGGCAGGACACCUUUCAGGUUCCCAUGGUGCCCCUGACUCCAGCCCCGAGCAUCCUCCUGAACAUCUUCCUCAUGCUGCAGCUGAGCUCCCUGACCUGGCUGAGCUUCUCCGUCUGGCUGCUGAUUGGAUUCGUGGUGUAUUUUGUCUACGGCAUCUGGCACAGCAAGGAGAACCAGCGGGAGCUGCUGAGGUUGACUGCCACAGACAGUGGCCUGGAGGAGAUGGUGCAGGCCCUGCAGCCUCUUAGCCAGGCACCUGCCUAGGAGCCCAGACACAUGGAGCAGCCGGCCAGUCCAUGAGGACCGCUGGGGGCCUGCCUGUCUUCCCCUACAUCCCCAUGAGGCUGGAGGGGCUGGCAGCCCUUCUAUCCGAGGCAGCUCGGAUUUGCAGGCCUGCCCAUGCCAAGGGGUCCUCAGGACCGCAGGACCUUAGCACAGGUGCGGAGCUUUGAAUUCCUCAGGAGUGGGCCGUGGCCAGUGCUGGUGUGGUGGACUCUGCAUAGCACCUUCCAUUUUAUGACCAACUCCAGCUACCUGGGCAGGUGAGCAGGGUGGUCAGGGAAGAGGCCUGCAGCCCCAGGGAUCUGCAAUAAUAACUGCUCAGUCACCCACGUGGCCUGCCAUCGUGUCCACUGUGGUGUUCUUUGUGGCACUGAAUCCUCACC